CAUUUAUUUUUUGUUUGGGUGAAAUAAGCCCACCUUUUCUACUGGUUAUUAAGAUAGAGAAGAAAGUCACGGAAAGGGAAGAGCAAUUGCAGGCAUAUUACAGAGAGAGAGGGGGAAAGGUGAAAGGGAGGAGAAGGAAGGAGGCUGCUUACCCUUUUACAGAAUCGAUCUGCAUAAGGAAUGGAAGAGGAGGUUUCUUACCCUUUAACCGUUUUACAGAUUUGAUUGAGGCUGUCCCCUCCGACGAGAAGCACAAUAACUCGCAUCAGAAAUCUCCUCCUAUUCCCAAUUUCAAACAAAUAGAAAUCCCUAGUUAUAAGCAAGUCGACGACCCCACUCGCUGACGAAAGUCCUUGGGAGUGGGGAGAUCGCGAUUGGGAGUACCGCGGACGAUCUCGGCGGCGGAGAGGUUAUUGACGAGUGCGACUUUCAUCUCUGGCAGCCAGCCCACCUCCACCGCAGGUUCCAGAUUACCUCCAGAGAUUCGCUGCUAUCUUCUCUGUCGAUUGCUGCAGCAGACAGUGUACAAAUGCCGGACAAGAUUAACGAUGUCGACGUACGCACAGAAGAAACAAAACCACUGAGAGGGUUUUCAUGGGCAAAGAAGGGCAGAGUGGAGAAGUACAACAUUUUGCUGGACCCUGUCUUUAGUGUAAUUCACAUAUUAGAAGCUACAAAAUUAACCGGAACGGGUUCAUCAUCUAACAGAAGCACUAUUUCAUAUUGCCUCCACUUCUUGCAGAAUCAAAAGGCGAUCUACUAUGAUGUACCAGCAAGGGUAGUGGAACUACAGAUUUGGAGGUCUAGCGAAGUAUAAUGCAACUUACGUG